CAAGACUAAUUCUCGACAUUCUCACGACCAUAGCUCGAUCCUCUCAACCAUGUUUUCUCCCCCGACGUCCACCAAGGACUGGGAUUUUGAAUAUGGCGACUAAACUUCUACGAAAACCGCUGGCCUGCGGAGGCCUUCUACCAUCCGGUUGGCGCAUCGAACCACUCACGGCGAGAUGUCGACUCUACACCUCCGAUCGAUCCCCCGCGGCUUUCGAAGCUCCUACACCCGAUGGAAGCGAUAACGCACCAGAGAAGGAAACGGGCGCCAUGUCGCGCAAGCUCGAGGAAGCUACAGAGGAAGCUCUUUUGACUGGUGGCCGGCGCGGGCGUCAAGCUAUCGAAGAUGCUGGGUUCUCUGAAGAGCUGAAACAGCGGCUUCUCGACAAGGUCGAAACCGCCAAGUUUCGUUCCCAAUACGCAUCCGCUUUCGCGGAAGCUGAAAUGCCCGCGUCAGCAGGAGAGGGAACACGUUCAAUGGCCACUGCGCAGGCUUGGACGGGCGACGAGUCGCAGUCUGAUGCGGUCUUGCGAAUGCUCAGCGAUACGAAGAAGCCACUCAAGCCCGAGCUGAGGGGGCAGUUCCAGAUUCCGCCCGUCGACAUGCGAAUACGAAAGGAUCCAAAGAUCAACCCUAGUCAGCGGGCUGCCAACGCUCGCGAAAAGGCCUCGACGUAUACCGGACUGGGGUUCAAAGAGCAAAGCGGGCAGAGCGCCAAAGAACGCGAAGACUUCAGGAAGGAGCUUCGAGAUCGCUUCGGGGCGGCAGCCAGAGCUGUACCGAAUACUAUAGCAGGCCUUGAGUCGCUAGCCAACGAGAGAAUCGAAGACGCCAUUGCUCGUGGACAAUUCAAGAACAUCCCCCGCGGCAAGGGGGUUGAAAGAGACGCAAGAGCCGACAACCCCUUUAUCGAUACCACCGAGUACAUAAUGAACAAGAUGAUCAAGAGGCAGGAGAUUGUGCCACCAUGGAUAGAGAAGCAGCAAGAGUUGGCAAAGACCGCCGGCGUGUUUAGAGCGAGGUUACGCAACGAUUGGAGGAGGCACGUGGCCAGGAUGAUCUCGUCAAAGGGUGGAAGCUUGGAAGAGAAGAUGCAAUUGGCCGAGGACUAUGCCCGUGCAGAGGAACGCCAUAAUCUGUGCAAGAGGAACAGCGACAGUCUUUCGGUGCCCACCAAUGUGACGGAUGAUCCUGUCCUGGCGAAGGUGCAUCAACAGGUGGUCGAGGGCAACAGCACUAGCGAAUCCGGACCAGAGGCAACAGCAGCGAAGCCUGCCCGGCCACCGGUACAACCCUUCCGCGAUUCAGACUGGCUUGUAGCUGAGAGCUCGUACAUGAACCUCGCCGUCAACAACCUCAAUGCGAUCGCACGUUCCUACAACCUUAUGGCGCCUGAACUGGCGAAGAAGCCAUAUUACUCGCUUGAGCGCGAGCUAAAGGCUUGUUAUGCCGAUGUCGCGCCACUUGUGGCGGAAACUAUUCGCGAGAGAGCCACCAGGCCGACAAAGACGUUGUUCGAUGCAGCAGGAGGCGGCCAAGUCACGGUCUUUGACCGAUUUAGCAAGGAGGGUACAUCGGCUAAGAUAUACGAUUCAAGAGCCCCUCACUAUGGCUUCAAGGAGAUGUGGAGGGAUCUUUUCAACUGAAAGAAGAUUUAUUUUUACGUCCGGCCCAAUACAAUGAGCUCCAUAUGUCUUGGAUUAGCCAUGGCCUUCUUGGUAAACUUCUCCUCCCCAGUCACUAAGCAAACGGGGCCUCGCAUGAUGCACCCCUGGCGCCUUGGCCCAGCAGUUAGUGUGGAACACUGCUGGGGACGGGGGGUUUUCAAAUAUCUCUAUUGAGAUGGACCUCGACUCCUUGAGUUCGACUCGGCGCUAGGAUUCUUUUUUGCAUGUUUUCUCCACACUGGUCGAGAAUCUUUUGCAAUAAUGAUGCGGACUCUUUGCAUGAGACGCCAUCUGCAACUUAAUGAGAAGACGGACAUUGCUUGAUG